AUGGCGACGAUUUCCCCUUCCCUGGCAGACUUGCCUUUGGAGCAGCUGUCUCUCUACCAUGUCGUUGAUCCUUACUUGUCCUCUGUCCUCAUAUUCUAUGGGUCAGUCGCGACAACUAAUUCCAGCACAAGCAGCACGAGAAACCAAGCACAUAUCUUCAGCGCUGCCGGCCUGAGAAGCUAUCCCCGCAUCAUCGCGUCUCCGGUUGCGCCACUUUACAGCGCAGUCCAUCAGCUCCCCCGCGAGAAACAAGGAGACGAGAUAUAUCGCGGAGUGGCCGUCAGUCUUCUCAGAUAUUUCAACGAUAUACCCCAGCCCGCCCAGCAGUGCUUAAAACAGAUUGCAAAGACCAGCAAAUCAACCGGGAGAUUACCACGUUUGUUCGAAGAGGUCCAUGCUGCUGACCUCACCAACAGAAUGGUUAGAAUCAAUAAUACUGCCGAGAUCGUACGCGAUCUUAGAUUUGCCUAUGAUGAGAGGAAGGCUCCGUGGAUCGACAUUGAUAUUAUGCUGCCUUCGGGUUCAAUCGUACCGCCUACAAUCCAUGAACAAGACCAGAAUGAGACGGGAGCAGACGAAGUAUUGGAUGACAAUGCAAGUAAUGGUCAAUAUGGAAAAUUUACUUCAUUGAUCGAAGCUUUUGGCGACCCAGUUUUCCUUCCAACCUCCCGACUUCGACGAGCGCCGUCGCAACCGACAAACCUGAGCAAAUCCACCCUUUUCACAAGAGGUCAAAAAGAAGCCUUGCGUCUUGCCAUGUGCGAGGUGGUUGAUACCGAGGAGCGCUAUGUGAGCAAGGUUUAUGAUUUAGUGCACAAUGUUGUUCAAGAGUUCCAGCAGAAAGCCCGAUCUAAAAGCACAUCCAGUUCCAGCCCUGACGAGACUGCCUUGGCUGAAUUGUUCCCGCCAUGUCUGGAGGAGAUCCUACAGAUUAACAUGGGAUUUUUGAGUGUGAUUCGGGAAAUAUUAGAGAGUACUGAGCAGGAUGCUCUCACGAGCCUUGCAGAAGAUACGGAUUUACGAACCUCGGCAUCCGGACGCUUAAUCUCAGAGCAAGACAGAGAUAUAAUGGGAUCAAUGUCGUUUGCAAAUGCGCUCAUUGAGUGGUUUCCCCGGUUCUCCGAGCCGUAUGCUGCUUACAUGAGAGCUCACAACGGGUUUACUCAGACGUUAAACUCCUUCUUGAAGGACGAUCAAUCGAGCUUUUCGCGCCGAGUUUACGAGACCGGCGAACAAAAAUUGCGAUCGCUACUCAUGGAACCUGUCCAGCGGCUGCCCAGAUAUAGCCUUCUUAUUGACACCAUGACAAGCAACAUACCGGCCACUCAUCCAUCUGUUCGGCUUUUCCUCAAAGCACGAGAUAUUAUCAAAGAAAUCUGCUCCCUCGACACGCCAGCUAAUACAGAUCAUAGCCAAAACAUCAAACGAGUGAUGAGUCUGGUUGAGUAUUGGCCGCCUUCUAUUAUCCCUCAGGGGCGCCUAAUCAACGCCAUUGAUACAACCGAAGUCCUUCCACCUUACAACAUACAAGAACGGCAGGAGACACAAAAUACGACUACUCUUGUACUUGUCUACAAAAAUUACUCUAUUCUGCUGUCUCGAUACCCCGGGAGCAAUAUGACAGCUCGUGCGCUCUUGUCGGAUCUGGAGAAGCAGCCGACUACUAACAGCGAAAAACCCCUGUCGCAACCUGGCCCUCAGUUCAGGUUUCUAAGAGCCUUUGACCUAAACAGCCUACUCUGUGCGCAGUCGAGUGGUGGCCAGAUACUUUACCUGAUGCCUACUAGCACGUUACCCUUCAGCUCCUCGCAAUCUCCUCAGAUGACACCACAUGCGCUUCAAUUAUCGGGUAUGUAUGAAGGGCGAGCGAGCCGGCUUAUUGAAGAGAUAUUGAAAGCCAAGAUCGAGGGCCGCUUUUCAGAGCGGGAACGGGAAGGUACCAAAUGGACUUUGCGAAGUCCUAACGUACCAGCUGGAACUCUUGGGAUCCUCGCUCCGGUAUUUGAGGAAGACACCGAUGGAUCAAUGCAACGGUCUGGGUGCUCCCGGAUCAGGAUCGUCUUUGACACGCCAAAAGCGAUAUGCACCAAGACACUGGAUAACGCAUCAGUAGAUGUAAUCGUAUCCGUGAGUUCGGCGGACAGCGAUAUGUACAGAAUGGAAGUGAGUAGCAUCAACGGGACUCCCAACACUGUCGUCGAUACAGUUAGUGCUGGUGCAUUUAUAGCGACACUAACGUCAAGAUUGUGUGCUCUACUUCCUGCGGUGUACAAUAUCCAGAACCGGACUUUGACAGAAUCGUCGGUCUACUCGAACUUAGAUAUACUUCGCCAGAUUGGCAACCACAUCAUAUCCCAGACGAAAGUUGGGCGUGGGUUCCGGCCUCCGUCUCCUACGAAACUAAUUUCAAAUCUCUGGGGAAGUAGCAGUCAGGCUAAAGAUACCCCUUCGUUAUCGAAGGCAUUUACGCAGACCCUAGUUCUUAGCGAUAUUCCGAAAAUGUCACCAAAAACUGUUGGACGACCGGUAACUUCACCUGGAUUGCUAGAUGAAGCUCCUCCCAAAAUCUCGGUGGUUGGUCCUCCCAGCUUUGCUCAAGACGACCAGCUCGCGAAGUUGGAGCAGACCUUGAAUGCGUACGUCCUCGCUCUACGUUUGCGGAGUGGCAACAUCGUAGGGCGUAGUUUGAGAACUCGAGCAAAUGCGGACAAGGCUAUGGUGAAUGAACUGUACAACGUUCUCCUCGAAGAUCCUGCCAAACUUCAAGCUGCUGCAGAGGUCCCUGUUGAUGUUUUGUUCGUGGCAUUUGAGACAUUCAUCCAUCACGCAUGGAAGGAUUUGAUUGGCGCCAUGAUCGCCCCUGAGGUUCUGAGUGCCGUUCAGAACAAAUAUGAUUCUUCCUUCCCAAGGGACUUUGAAGACUAUUUCCGCACGAUUCUUGGUGACUUUAGUCCACAGAAUCGCCGUGCCCUCACUGCAACGAUUCGUCUUCUGGCUGAGCUCCUGGAUGCCUCUGGCAAUGAUGGCGAUAGGGGUGCAUUGACAGUAGCAUUUGCCGAAGUGCUCACUGAGAAUGAAGAUCCUAUGCAGUACAUAUCCUUGCUCGAUCGUCUUGUCGAAGACUUUGAGAAUCUAUUUGAAGAAUCACUGGGCCAUUCAACAUCACAUGAAAGGACUCCAAGCAGGCCACGUUCCUACACGGGAUCUGUGGGGUCUAACGCUUCGUCUUUCCGAAAGCGACUGGGAUUUGGCCACAGAGAAAAUUCAUCUCGUUCUGAAGGAGAAAGCAAAGUCAGCUCCCUCAUCCGCACUUGGAGCAAGACCAAAAACAGCGGAGAAUCGGAUGGAAGGCUACAAUUAUUCCGUUCAAAGUCCACCGACACGGAUUCGAGGCUUGCGGAACUGUUACGCCCGGCAACUCGUGAACGACCCACGGUAUAUGGAGCUUUUCUAUCAGACGACAAUAUCCGCCGUCCUGGAAGUGCACAUGGUGAUGAUUCCGUUCUCGGAGCUAUUCAUGAAACGCCUAUCACUCCGCAAAGGGAUCCAGCACGCAGGAAGAAAAGACGGAGCUCUUUGUCUGAUCUGCCGCCUCUGUCUACUCCUCCACCUCCUGGCGCCCUGUCACCGAUUGAGUUACCUAAACCAGUGACCCCAGUAGCGAAGCCUCGUCCUCAGUCGGAGGUCAUGUCUCGCAUAGCUCAAUUACAGGACCCCGAGAGCCCUAAACAGAACUCGCUUACUCGAAUACCACAGGUUUCUCGUCCUCCUAUCCGAGCUACUUCUCCUAAACGCCCAGAAUCUCCUGUGCGCAGUCUUCUCUCCCCUGUAGUCCUGAGGUCACCGAUGCAAAAGGAAAACAUUCCCCAGAGACCGAAACUUACGGAACGUCCUGUCAACAAGAAGAGCGAUGGGCCAGCGUCCCCGACAUACACGCGCAAAAAGCGAUCAGAUACUCUGACUAGUAUCCCGCAACCAUCCAGAUAUUCACUACAAUUCAAAGACCGGCCUGUCACAUCCCACGGACUAGAUCUCCCAGGAAGACGUGAGCGAGCUUUGUCCUCGCCGCAAAAGCCCCAAAGGGUACGAAUGCAAAGCCCUCAAAAACUCCGCGAUCGUCUUCAGAGUACUGUGCAAGCUCAAAACAACGCAGAGUCUGUCCUCCGGUCUGAGUUGCAGCUAGUUGGACAAGAAUUGGCUUCUCUUACUCAAACUUCGUCACCAACAGAAACCGGCCAAUCUUCCGUGGUAGAAGCCUUGCUCAGUCGUAUUCGCAAUCUAGAGCAACAGGUCUCCACUUUUAAUGCUGACGUGAAUACUCGAACUGCGAACCUGGAGAAAGACGUGGAAACUGGAUUGCUUGUGAGCGAGAAACGAGCAAAGAAGCUAGACGAACUUUAUCGAGAGCUCAGUGCAGAAAAUGAGGCACUGUACGAAAGAUUCAACACCGAGCUUGGUAAGGUUGUGAAAGAAGUUCGUGCAGGCAAUGGCGAAGACGUUCUCAAGACGCAGUUGAAGACUGCACUGGAGGAACUCAGCCGCGUGAAGAAGGAGAAUUUGAGACUAAAGCGCGAAGUCGGGGGUCUCAAAGCAGUGAGAGCAGAUAUCGACUUGCCUAGUUCUGCCAAGGAAGUUGUCGAAAUACCUGACGCGUAGUCAGUUAACAGCUACAUGACCAUGACCUGGGGAUUCCUUUCAUUUCAUUUCUUCUUUCCCUUAUUCUGUUAGAAUUACUCUUGAUUGGUAAACAGCGAGCGCCAUCUUCACGGACCUGUCAUCAUUAUCAUCAUUGGGUUCUUGAUUUUCUUAUUUGGUCGGUCUUUUGAGCGUACCGGGCAGGAUACUGGGUUAUUUCUUUUUUCUUGUAUUCUUUCAUUUUCUUUUCAUUCUCGAAAUGUAGAUGUUACAUUACUUUGUCAAUAUUUGCAUUACCAACAAGUCAACUUGGAACAGUACCUUUUAAUCAAUCAAUAUUUUACAAUUCUUUAUCCAUUAAAAAUCGACUAAUCAUACAAUGUCCGCUUUUGAAGCCAGCCAACUCAUCAACUUCAACGCCUCAGCAUCAACUUGCUUAUACCACCAACGACACUGAACCUUGACCCCAACAUCCCCCUCCUGACU